UCUCUCUAGUUCCAUGAAACCUCGCCACCUCGGACCUCGGACCAGCCGAGACGGGCCGAGCGCGGGUGUAGAUUUUCACAGGUUGACACCUUCACGAUGUUCCUGCCGUACGUUCGUACGAUGACGUAAGCCGGCACCGGCGUCGUAUACCAAAUACACGCGUGUGCACGUCCAUUCGACCGAUUAACGAUUCGGAAAGAUGACACCGUGCUAAUUCCGCUGAUUGACACGUUACUUAAGAGCAACGACGACGCGAAGACCGGUGUUCGCAGGCAUGGGCAACGCUCUCGCAGCUGUCACUUCUUGAAAAUCCGUCAACAGGUCGUGACACCGAUUUCUUAUCAGUAGCCUCGUCAUUCCGAAAGCUUCACUAUGGCCUCUGCGACGGAGCAGCAGCAGCAGCAGCAACAACAACAGCAGCAGCAGCAACAGACGACGCUGGAGUUUUAUCAAGCGAUGGCCGAUUUCAAGAAUAUGUUUCCGCAGAUGGACGACGAUGUGAUAGAGGCUGUGCUGAGAUCCAAUCAGGGAGCUGUGGACACCACGAUCGAUCAAUUGCUCACCAUGAGUACCGACAACGAGAACGAGAAAAUCAGGAGUGAGCUGGAGCAGAAGGAGGAACUUCCGAGCACCGCCAAGUCGCCCAGGAAAGACACCGGCAAAUCGAGGAGCAUUCAAAAGUGGCAGCCUCCGCUAUUGGGACCAUUGCCAGACACCUUUCUAAGGCUCCCCCAGCAAAUGUCGGAUGACGGUAUUGACUUGGCGUAUUCGCAAGAGAAUUCCAUGCUGGAGGAUGAGAGGAUCGCUAUGUUUCUGCAGAACGAGGAGUUCAUGGCGGAGCUCCGUUGGAAUGAAGAUUUUCUGUCCACGUUGGAACACGACUCGAAGCUGGAGAAAGGCGGCAGCCAAACCGGUCACGACGACGAGGAUCUGUUCAAAGAAAGACUGAAAAAUAUGGGCAAACUAUCCCGACGUAAAUUCGCGCAACUUACGAAGGUGUUCACUCGCAGCAAGAAACGUGGCGGCAGGCAAUUGUUACCACCGACGGCUUCUUGCGACGAUCUUUUGGACCCGGAAGAACAAUCCAAACCUCAAUCCUAAAGAGAGAUCUAUAUCUACACGAUCCUGUUGGAAUAUAUUCGCUCUUGUCUUUCGUCAACGUGAAGACGGCAAAAUUCAACGACAUUUGCAGCUUAAUAUAAUUUAGAUGUCACAUGUCGCGGAGAGAAGCAUAUCUAUACCGUAACUUGCGGGACAAUUACGUCAGGGAUCGUGUGAGAUAUAAGUUGAUUAGCGAUUCUAGGUUUCUAGCUCACUCGACGGCUGACAAUUAGCUACAGAGAUAAUGGAAUUGCAAGGUUGAAGACCUGAAGGUGCGUCAGCGAGAAGACAAAAAAAAAAAGACUCACCGAACAAGGUGAAUAUCAAGGUAAAACGCUUGACGAAAGAAUUAUCAAAAAAACCCGUAUCUCGGUAAUUAUGCAGGUACACGUAGGGAUUAAUUAAUCUUAAAGCAUUAAUCAAUCUUAGUGCAUUAAUUAAUCUUAAUGUAUUUUCUAGUUCAGAGGACGCAGAUCUGUUUCUGAUAAAUUCAGUGUGAUAUUUUAACGAUGUUGUGACGUAAAUUUUAUUUUACAUAGAUUUUAUAUUUUGUUGUGAUGUACGUUGCUUGCGAUUAUCCGUAUUAUUGCGUAUUGUUGCGUAUCAUUGCGUAUAAUCGUUUGAAGACUGGCGCAAGAAAGUUUUUACAGAAGUCUAUCGAGCGAGAUGAUCUCUAUAGAAUUGUCAUUGGUAUAUUGGAAGAAUACUUGAUUCGAAUUACGAACGGUGGGGACCGUUUUACGAAAUGACGAUUAAAACAAAUGAAAAUUUUUAUUGUACGCAAAGUACGCGAUGCGUUUGCUUUCUAGCAUAUACGGCUACGAAAGUAAUUGAUGUUGUGUAUAUAAAUAUAUAUAUACGUCUAUGUGCAUCGUACGCCGAUAGUGCGUGUUAAUUAGGCACAAUAGUUUAUUGAAAUUUAAAGAAAAACGCAACAUCGACCCGGAUUGAAAAGGAAAUGUGAUUCUUUUGUCAAUCCGAUUCUCGAAAAAAUGAAGACUUGGUCUGGUGAAAUAGACCGUUUAGUCAUUGUUGAGAUCUUAAAAUCUCGGUUAUACGCAACUCGUCGCGUCGCGUAAAAGAGAGUCACGGUCGGUCUCGCUCUGCGCGUACUUGGAGACACUACCGUGUCUCUCGAUGAUUGAUUCGUUGGAAAAAAAAAUGGAUGAAGGCUUGUUAUAUUCUUACGAAAUUUGCAUUAUUAUAGAUAAUUUGCAAAUGCCUUAUAUUAAAUAGUACUUAUCAGUUCAGUGUUGCGACGAGUAAUUGAAUUCAAAAUUUUAAGACGACACCACCACACGAAUGUUGGACGCCUUCAUUCAUUUAUCCUUUCGAUUCUACUUGCGAUCGCGAGUGGUAAUUGCACCUCCUUUAGACGUAAAAACCUAGUCAUUCAGUCUAGCCAUUAUUUAUUGAACAAAGCUCUGAUAUUGUAACGAUAUCGUGAAUGUAGAAAAUAUUUAUAAAAACGAUCGUAGGCAGUCUAAGUAAUUUACAACAUGUGCUAUGACGGCAAACACGUAUGAGAAUAAAUCGGAAGAGAUGCUGGAA